AUGUCAAUCGAAGCAAAAACAUUCACGAACAAAUCUAAUGGUGAAACAUUCACAAAAGGCACUUAUAACGGUAUUGAAGUCUUACGUAGAGACAAGGAUGGUUACAUUAAUGCAACAAAGAUGGCGAGAGAAGCAGGAAAGUUAAACCAUUUAAACAGAUUUCUCAAUAGUGCUAAAAUGCAGGAAAUUCUUGAGUUUUGGUUGAAAGAAUACGGUCGAGCCAAAAGUGGCUCAACCUCAAAACAAGCAUUUUAUGAGCUUGCUAAGGGCGUUAUGAAUGAAUUCAAAGGUAUUUACAUACAUGCUGACCUCGUUCAUUUUGUUGCUGAAUGGUGCUCU